AUGUUUCUGUUUAUGUACUUCUCCUUCUUUUGUCUCAUUGGUCAUGAUUCCCUCACCUCUCAUAUGUGGAAACGUGUCCACCAAGAACCCAACGCACUCUUCAGUCAAAUUCAAAACCCAGAUAUAGUUUUACUUUUAUGGACAUGUCUCAUUAAUCUUCACGUGCAAGUUCGAGAACCCAGAAAAGCUUUGUGGGUAUUUUCUCGUUUAAUUUGUAGAACUAUAGAACCUGAUAGCUAUUCUGUUGUUGCUGCUUUAUCAGCUUGUAAAUGUAUAAAAGAUUUGGCUUGUGGUAGGAUAGUUCAUGGGAUAAUUGUCAAGUUUUCAUUAGGGUUUGACCCAAUUGUGGGUAAUGCGUUGAUUGAUAUGUAUAGCAAGAAUAAAGAUAUUGAAUCGACUGAGAUAGUUUUUAAAUGUCUGGAGUGUAAAGAUAUUGCUUCAUGGAAUAGUUUGCUUAAUGGGUUUGCAAUGGUCAAUGAUUUGGAGUCUUCUCGCCUGGCGUUUGAUGAAAUGCCUCAGAGAAAUUCGGUUUCUUGGAAUGCAAUGAUAACCGGUUAUAUUCGAGGGAGGGAAAUAGUUGAGGCAUUGGAACUUGUUUUUCCAAUUUCUGCUUUGAAAUGA